GCUUUUAUGUACUAACUAAGAUGUAUUUGUAUAAAAAUGGCUCUGCUGCCGUAGCAGUAACUGCUAUUUGCUUAAUAUUUUGGACAACUGUGUCAGGGCAACUGCCACAAGAAGACAGCAAAAGUGCAACUCAUAUAUAUUCUGAGUUUGAAGAUGAAGCAACGAUAUUGGAACCAUUGAACUCAGCUGGUGAACAAAUGGUUUACGAAGAUAUUCCAAAUGAAUUAGCAGAAAUGGAUAAAGUCACCCAUGUGUAUACGUCAAAGGAUGAGGCUGCUAGUACAGGAAACAAAGUAGUAAAUACUAACUUAUUGGAAUAUGCGGAUGAAGCAAUGUCGUACGUUGAGGGAGUAUACAGCAGGAUACAGUCCUACAACACCAUGUAUGCAGGGAAAAGCGACGAACUUCUAGACACGAUGAGCAAAUAUACGUAUUUGCUAUCCAAGAUGCUAAACGACAAAACGGGUAUCAGCCACCUCUCAUUCGUGAGAAGGUACCUUAACCACGCAACGAAAAUUAAGGAUGAUGUAAGGGACGCUAGUGAAGCGCGCAACAAUGUAAUGAAAGAAGCUAAUGCAAUAUAUUACGGUAUUAAAGAAAGCUACAACACCAUUAAACUCGAUUUUGAAAGAUACUAUACAAAACCAGGAGUUGUAAUCAAUACUGCCGUGUCAUCACUAAUGGGAAUAGGUGAAUCAUACAAACUUUUAGUGAAAUUACAUAAAAGAAUGUUCGAUGCAACCACAGCGUUCCGAUUUGUGCUCAACAGGCUUAGGGCUACAACUGUCUAUAUGUUCUCGUACUUGGUAUGCCUAGAUAUAUUAUAUACAGAGAUCAUGCCCCUAAGAAUGGUUGCAGUACAAGACGUCCUGGGAACAAAAGGUACCGGUGACAUCAUGAACAGCUACCACACUAACAUGAUCAAUAAACGUAAAGCAGUUAAGAUGUUAAUGAGAAGUCCCACACUACAGGAGGAUGUAUACCACCAAAUUGAUCGAAUAUAUAAAGAAAUGUCAACUUUAGUUGAACGUGCAAAGAUGAUGGCUAAAAGUACAUCGUCAAUUGUCGAACGUAUCGAUAAGCAUGGUAUAAAACUACUAAAUCGAAAGAUAGCACUAGUUGUGGAUGCAUGGAAUGACAAUUACAAACGGCCCAUUGUAAUGGCAACGAAAUUGAACAAAGAAUUUAAGAAACUAUCGAAAAUGGCAAAUAAAAUCAAGGAUGAAUUGAACGCAGUCCAUACAACGAAACAAUCACUCUACACAAUGUCGACCAGAUGUAACGAGCUCUAUGCAAUAGCACGUAAACUUGCUGGUUUAGAAGUUGUAGAAAGGUGCCCGACAAAUACGAUCACUAUUCCAACCCCUACCAUGACAAAUAUAGACCAGAUUUAUAACGGUGGUCCCAAUGUGACCUCCUUUGGGCAUGAUCAACGUAGAAGUGCAACAUCACAACAGGCAGAACCAUUGCCGCCACAAUGUCCAACCUGGAAUAAUUCAUCACCAACAACUGAUGGCAAUGGAUCUACCGACGUAUAUCGACCAUUUACACAUCCUGAUUACCGGAGCUAUGAACCUAUGGAUGGUGAUGAAGAUGAGGAUUCGCCGCCGCCGUAUCAAUUUCACUCUAGUGAUUACAAUCCCAGUGGUUCAGAAAGCAUGAUGGAUUCUGCAAAAGGAUGUAAAAGGAAAUAUGAUGAAUACAACACGGAGGAUAGUAGCACCCCUAAAAUCGUGCCACCUAAACCACCCAGAAGAAUAUCACAAAUGACUACAGAUGCCAAUGGAACUAAAAACUACGUAGAUGGAGUGGAAGGUGAAUCCGUGCCAUCACCACACGCAGAUGAACUGGCUAGGCCCACGAAAUCCUUAGACAGCUCAUCCAACGAAACGGCACCCAGUACACCAAAUGAGAGCCAUGGUGAUAAUAUGACGAGUGAUAUUAAAACCAUGUAUAUACCAGCAGAUAACCGAUGUACCAACGAAAACUUUGAUCCAUUAAGAGAAUCAAGCAAUGAUGAGGCACAUAGUAACAUACUAGAUGGAACUACCUUAACAUAUAAUGGAAUGGGAAAUGACACCUAUAGGAAUAUGCUAGCUGUGGACCUAAUGGACCUGCUAAAAAGAGUUCUAGAUGUCAAUCGUAGAGUAAAAUACUACCAACCAGCCAUCAAAGCGCUAAAGAGCAAAUCCGAUGGCGUUCCAGGAGCACGAACAUCAAAGUUUAUAAUAGCAAAGGUAAAAGAAAUGAACAGAAUGCUCGAAUAAGAAACGAAAACUGGUACAUCAAACUCUUAAAUGUG